AUGUCACCUGCACUCUAUGUUGUUCUCUCUAUCUACCUUCUCUACGUCUGUCUAGCUGCGACUUGGAACAUUUUCUUCCAUCCACUACGACACAUCCCAGGACCAAAACUAUGGAUCGCAUUCCCAAUCCUAAGACACAUCUCAGCUAUCCGAGGAAGACUAGACAUCGACACACGAGCUCUCCACGCCCAGUUCGGAGAAGCCGUCCGACUCGGCCCAGACACUGUAUCCUUCAUUACCGCCCAAGCCUGGAAAGACAUCUACGGCCACGGCCACAGACAACUACCAAAGGUCCUGAAUUCCUCCAGCAAUACAGCGGAUAUCAUCAGCGCCAACGACGCAGACCACACUCGAUUCCGCAAGGCCUUGUCCCACGCCUUCUCCGCCAAGGGGCUCCAGGCACAAGAGCCUCUCAUCACGCGCUACGUGGAUAGGCUCAUUCAGCGACUCAAGGGCUUUGCCGAAUCAGGUCUCCCAGUUGACAUGGUGAAGUGGUAUAACUUGACGACGUUUGACCUCAUCGGAGACCUUGCGUUCGGUGAACCUUUUGGUGGAUUGGAAACUUCAACCUACCAUGACUGGGUGUCUACCGUGUUUGAGUCCGUCAAGUUUAUCCCAUUCCUCAAGGCGAAGGACUCUUAUCCGGUUCUCUGUAAAGUCCUACUGUCUUUCCUUCCAAAAUCACUCCUCGAAGCAAGAAAGAGACAAGUCGAGCACGUCCAGAUCACCGUGCAAAAAAGACUACACUCCCCUCCAGCUCACGACCGAGGCGAUUUUAUGGACUCCAUGCUACGCCAUCGUGGAGAUAAAGACGAACUCAACGAUUCUGAACUCGAGGCCAAUGCGAAUAUCCUAAUCAUCGCAGGAAGUGAAACAACGGCGACGUUACUUUCCGGAGUGACGUUCUGGCUCCUCAAAUGUCCCGAUGCAAUGGAGAAGGCAGUCCAGGAAGUUCGAUCCACCAUGGCCUCGGAAGCCGAGAUCAACUUCCAGAACGUGACGGCUCGACUCCCGUAUAUGAUGGCUUGUCUGAACGAAGCUUUUCGUAUGUACCCGCCGGUGCCGGGGGACCUGCAACGCAUGACACUCGGGCCAUCCGUGAUAGCUGGUUACGAGGUCCCAGCUGGAACCAAAGUCUCCGUCCACCAAUCCAGCGCCUACCUCUCCUCCAGCAACUUCCACGCCCCCUCACAAUUCCUCCCCGAGCGCUGGCUCCCCGAGAUCAGAUCCGACCCCUCCUCGCCGUUUCAUGCUGACCAGCGCGACGUCCUGCAGCCCUUCUCCGUGGGCCCGCGCAACUGCAUCGGAAAGAACCUCGCCUACACGGAGAUGCGCGUCAUCCUUGCGCGUGUCCUCUGGAACUUCGAUCUCGAGCUCCAGACGGAGAGCUGGGAUUGGAAGAACCAGAAAUCGUUUAUCCUUUGGGAGAAACGGCCGCUGAUGUGUAAAUUGAUCCCGCGGGUGACAGAAUAA